AUGCCGACAUUAAUUGAAGAAGUACAGCUAUGGGUAUAUGAAUUAAUUGUUAUUAAUGAUCCAAAUCAAUAUAUAACAAGGGCUGCAACACAUUCUUCAAAUAAAAAGAGUAUCAGGAGAAAGGCCUUUGCUAUUCGUCCAUCCAAAAGCUUUACUUUGCCUCGAGACCGACAGCUUCAGAGAGAAUAUGGUAAGGGUAUAGUUGGUAAGGCAUUAAAUCGAACUCUGCGACGGGAAAGAUUGAGCUCUUCUUUAUACAAGAAAUUCGACAAGCUUGAUAAUCACAGGCCAUACUUUACAUAUUGGGUAUCAACCGUUCAAGUAAUUGUAUUGAUCGUUUCACUUGCGUUGCAUGGAUUUGCUCCGGUGGGUUUUAACAGGACUAAAUUUACUGCAUUUAUUCAGAGAGCUGAUGGUACGAAAGAGGAAGUUUCCUUUUAUGAAAAUGAUAAUUUUUGGAUUGGCCCUAGACAAAAUGAUUUAAUCCAUCUUGGAGCAAUGUUUUCACCUUGUAUGAGAUCGGAUGUUAAGAUUACGCAGACAAUCUCUUUGGAUAGACAGGAAGAAAAUCGUACUGGUUGUUGCAUAUCUUUGGAUAAAUCUGGCUGUGUUCAAAGAUCUAGAUUGCAGUGCUCGGAAACAUUCUCAUUAUUUCACAAGUGGUCAGCGACUAAACCCAGUUCUACAAGUAGAACAUCCGGACCAGUUUGUGGAGAAGAUCCUAGAACCUGUAAGGUUCCAGCAUCAGUAAAACCUUUCCAAUGGCCAGACGAUAUCACAAAAUGGCCAUCGUGUAGUAGAAUGCUAUCAGUAAACUAUUCUCGAGAGCGUAUGCCACAUAUGACUUGUCGUGUAUUAGGCCGGCCAUGUUGUAUUGGGAGAUUUGGCAAAUGUGAAAUUGUAUCCGCGGAGUACUGCAAUUACAGAAGAGGAACAUAUCAUAGGAAUGCCUUUCUCUGCUCUCAGGUUAAUUGUUUAGAAAGUUCUUGCGGUUUGGUUAAAUUUCUAAAUCCUACCGUACCAGAUCAGUUUUACAGAUUUUGGAUAUCUUUAUUUCUUCAUGCUGGAUUACUUCAUCUAGGCGUGACUUUGUUGUUUAAUCUAAUAAUACUCAAAGACUUUGAAAAGAUGGCUGGAUGGCUGAGGAUAAGCAUAAUUUAUGUUCUGAGCGGAAUUGGCGGUAACAUAAUUAGUGGGAUUUUAUUGCCAUAUCAUCCUGAGAUUGGUCCGUCUGGAUCAAAUUUUGGAAUAGUCGCUUGUUUAUUCGUGGAGGUAUUCCAAAGCUGGCAGAUUCUUAAACGGCCUGUUAGAGCUAUUGGUAAACUGGCAGUAAUCGUCCUCGUUCUAUUUAUUUUCGGAUUAUUACCAUACGUUGAUAAUUUUUCACAUUUUGGAGGUUUUAUUUUCGGCUUGUUUCUAGCUUUUGCAAUUUUACCCUAUGUGAGUUUUGGUAAAUGGGAUCGCAGAAGGAAACGGCUGCAAAUUAUAAUCUCAAUUUUUAUAGUGGGUGGAUUGUUUUGCGCGAUAUUGUUUAUAUUUUAUCGUGGACGACCUUUUGAAUGCAAAGUUUGCAGAUAUUUAAAUUGUAUCCCUUUUACGGAUCAUUUUUGUAAGAACCUGGGUCAAAAACUAGAGCUAUUUUGA